AAGACUAAAUAGCUUGCAGCAGAAAACGAGAAGUUGAGAACUAAAUUUCUGCAAGAAAAAUAGCUGAAACGGGAGGGAAGAUGGCUAUACUCUCGGAAAGAUUCUACCAGGUUGGUAAUACCUUUGUUGGCCUACAGUCAUUCCCUGUUAUGAUCAUAUACCUCAUCCUCAUCGCUCUUUCACCGCUCUACCAAAGAAUGACCAAGCCAUACUCUCUCAGACAAAUCAUGGUAGUGUAUAACUAUACUUGUAGUUUUAUCAGUGGCUGUACUCUGUUGGGAUUCAUCGUUGGAAUGGUCAAGUCCGGAUCCAUCUUCAGGAAAGAAGGAAAUGAUGUACUAGAAUACAGUUACUUCAUGUACUGGUGCACCAAGAACAUUGAGCUCCUUGAUACGUUGUUCAUGAUCCUGCGCCACAAGCGUCGUCAGAUCUCUUUCCUUCACGUCUACCACCACGCCAGCAUGGUCCUCCUCACAGACUUUGCUUACCACUACUCUCCCUGGGCCGGAAUUGCUUUCGGCCUCUCCAUCAAUUCGUUCGUCCACGUCUGUCUCUACUACUACUACGGCUACACAGCCCAGAAGACACUGCCUGGUGCUCCGACCUGGAAGCGCCACAUCACCGAGCUUCAGAUCACACAGUUCCUGAUAGGUUUGAUUCAUAAUACUAUAGGCUACCUCCAUCAUGGUUUCUGUGUGUAUUCUAUGUUCUACGGUGUUAGUAUGCUCUAUUUGUUCUCAUCUUUCUAUUACAAUGCCUUUUUACGUAAACGUAAAGGAGAGUAGAGAGAUUAAUUUGUACCUAAGAUAAAUAGUUAAACCAAUUCCAAAUCAACUCAAAGUUAUUGGCCCGAAUUUACAAAGGUGAUUUUGAAAACCCACGGUUUAGUCCAUGGUUAAUGCACAUUUCCUGUAUAAAUUAUGCUUAUUUUACCACGUUUAUAAAAAAAUGUCCAAUGCUGAUAAGUGCUUUUGUCACAGUGCGCCAAAUUGACGCCUGUUGCCAUGGUUAAGUACGCUAUUUCAUUCAUGAGUCCACUGUUUGAAGAGUGGACUCAUUAAUUAAAAAUAGUGGAAUCAUGAAUGAAAUAGCAUGGAUAACCCUGGUAACAGGCGUCAAUUUGGCGCACUGUGACAAAGCAUGCAUCAGCAUUGGACAUUUUUUAAUAAACACAGUAAAAUAAGCGUAAUUUAUACAGGAAAUCUGCAUAAACCAUGGACUAAACCGUGGGUUUCAAAACCACCUUUGUGAAUUCGAGCCAUUGAGUCUGACCAUGGAGUAAUUAAACCAGAGGGUAAUCUGACUUAAAACAUGCCCAUGGCAGUCUUGGUGUUUAGACUUACUUAGGCAUCUAAUGUUUGUACAUUGCAAUCAGUGUUGUCACAAGUACGUUUCCAAUGAUGGAAAUUUCAUGGUGUGGUGCGCCCACUGCAUGCACAUUCUAUCUCACUGAAUCUGGCAGCAUGGGCAUAAUUUUGAGAUCAUGACUCGUGGAGUAAAUGAUUGCUCUUCAAUUGGGGUUGAUGUUACAUUGAGUGCCAGUAAGGAUCUUUGAAUGGUGAAAGUUUAAAAAUACUGAAUGCAAUAUUAACUCAAUUCCAACUACACGGUAAUUCAUCUGUGACCCACUGCCUUCACUAAGUGCAUUAUUCCUUUGUUUAAUUACAGGAAUGAUAGGCUACAAUAUGGAACUCAAUGGCCCGUAUUCUGAAGUCAGGUUUAACUUAGACCAUGGUCUAACUCUGUGCUAAAAUUUUGGGGAGCCACAAACUAAAAAAAUCUGCUUAUAUUGUAUAUUUUUUUAUUUACUAUUUUGUCUCCCUUUGCUUUCAUAAUGAAGAAAAUAUUUCAGUUAUUAUUCUGAGACAGAUAUGAAUAAUUUCAGUGCCAUUAGAGUUGAUACAUUAAACAUGUACUAAGAGAGGUUUGUGCCCCAAUUGGCUCUCCAUAGUUAAACCACAACUUUAAACCAGGGUUCAAUUUAAACCCGAGUUCAGAAUACAGGCCAAUGGGUUGAAUUACUACAAAAGAGAAGAAGAAGAGAGGGAAAUUGGGCAAUAAGAAAAAAAUACUAUGCAAAUCUGUCAUACAAUCAAAUUAUAAUAUUUUGUUAACUUUAGAGAACUGUAUUGGUGCUGAUACUACAGGGUGUAAGCAUGGUUCUAGCUU